AUGGCGACUUUUUACCAGAGACCUCCACCAAAGGUUCCUCCUCAGAAACUUGUAGAGCGAUGGGAGCAGGGUGCUACCGACCCUGCCAGCCUCACCUUCGAUGAGCGUCAACAUCUUUUGAAUCAGCACCCGUACGGGAGAUGUGAUGACUUCUGCAAGGCACAGACUGGAUUGACUAUCGAAGAACUUGUUCAAAAGGCAGCCAGAACAGACGAUUUAAGCUCCCUGAAACGGAUAUCAUUGGAUGUGAUUCGUUGGCCAAUAAACAUACAAGACACAUACACUGCAAUGAAGGAGGCGGUGAUGACCGAUGAUGAGAAGAAGGCCCAGGCAAAUGCAGAUAGAUCCUAUGAUAGGCGUAUGGACUUGGACCGAGUGGCCCGGGACAGAAUCUCCGUGCAUGAUCUCAACAACAUCAAGAUAUCGAACAAGGUUCCCUGGGUGACUUGUGUGUGUAAUCAGAUUCAACAGCACUGGGGCUUUGUUUGUAUCCGAACAUCAUUCCAUGAUGAAUCCGCCUGGCACCGUUUCCAGCAUCAAUUUGAAGAGGCCAUUGACCUAGGCCUCACCUUCGUCCGAAAUCCCAAGGACAAAUUUUGGACUCCAGACAGUUUGAAGCAACGAUGGAAGAUUCAGUGGGUUGAGGAUCCAGUGAAUGAGAACGCGGCGCUUGAGGAUAUCUGCGGCUAUUUCCGGAUCCUUCGUGAUGAAGGUAAGAUAGAACCAGGACUCGGGCAGGAUACCUUUCUCUAUAUUGAUUCCGCUGCUAUCCAAUCCUCUCUCGAUCACUGUCCGCUCCCCGAAAGAGGCUAUGUUCUCGCCGCAGAUGCCUCCCAUGACGCUACAAAACUGCCGACCUACCUGCACGGCUUCAAGGGCUCAGUCCGUGCUGCCCUUACGGGAGCUUUUACUACCUUUUACGCUCGCUUGAUACCAAGAGGUAGUCCGAAGGAUAACCCGGCAGCGGAGCACAAUUUACGCCAGAGUUGGGAGGUCAUUUAUAAACGGGCAAAAUUUGAUGGUUCACAGAAUGCGUACCCUCCUGUAUCAAUCAUGAACCGGGCUUGGUAUGAUCCAAUAUACGAUAGCAUCAUCCAGAAUGAGUAG